AUGAGCGCAGACGAACUUCGCGACGCCGCCGAUUAUGUACUACGUUCCGUGUGUAUUGAAUCACUAUCUUUAUCUUCUGGUGAAUAUUCCGCUCUUGAUACAUAUGACUUGAAUCCUGAGAAGGUAUCCGUGGAUCCGUUAUCCCUCCUGGAAGGCAUCAUUCGGCCAAGUGAGCCUGCAACGCUGCUGUGUCCAUUAAUAGAUGCAGAAGGAAAAUUUAGCGAUGUUGUUGAAUAUGUCAGAGAUCCGGGCGAGUUUGGCGCUUCCUCUGUCUCAAUGGCAUUAAACAGAUCGCCUGCCAAUGACACAACCAGUAUCAAGGGCUCUUCUAGUAAUGUGCCGUUUUAUCCAGGUGGUUUCGAUAGUGCGUUUGGUAACGUGAUGGCAUUCACUGGCAGCGAAGAAAACGUUGAAUGCGAUGAGAACGAAUUUUUCCGUCGCGAAGAUCUGCUUUCGUGUGCACCUGGAAUGAAGAGAGGGUUGGACCUUGUUCUACCUGCGUGCUCUAAUAAUAAGGAAGAACCUGCCACUGGAGCUGACACCGUAAAACAAGAUGGAACCAUAGAUUUUGACUCUGCCGACUUGUUUGACCUCAUGGACUUCGUUGGUGGAGGCGCUCCUUUGAUACUGCCUGCUGAGACUUCUUCCAUGGAAAAAGAAAAAAGCCCUGAAGAGCCGCAAAUAACCCUUGAGCCAAAGGAGCCGGAUUCCCCUGUUAUGGAAGACGUC